AUGAUACCGUCAACCCUGAAAACGAUCUUUAUCGACGGUGAUCUCGACGAUUCCUCAUUUUUAAUUGAUGUUCAACAUCCAUACCGUGAUAAAGAUCUUCUUUUAACAAACCAAUUUGAUGAUGCUGAAGAUGAUGUUCAUGAUCAGAACUCACCAUUCUUUGGCCUAUUUCCUCCAACAUCGGAUACAUCAUCGAAUAUACUUCUUUCAACAUGUUUAAGUCAUGAUAGUUCAGGUUCGAGUUCAAAUGGUUCAUCAACUGCAUUCUCAUUUUCAGACUCCGCUUAUGCUUCAUCAUCAUCACCACCAUCGCAACAUUCAAAUAAUAUAACCAGUCGAUCAAUUUCAAUCAUGCGUAGCCUUCAAUCCCAACAACAUCAACCACAUAAUCAACAAUUGCAACAACAAACACAACAUAUAAUAACGCAACCAUCUGCGCAUGCAUCAUUACUUGCUGGUUUAACAACAUCAUCACCAAGUUCAAGUUUAUCAAGCGUUCAUUCAGCAACAGCAGAUAAUCCUUGUUGUUCAUCAUCACCUUUUUUACCUAAAUUACAACAUCAAGAGUAUCAUUAUAAUUCAUGGGAUUGUCCAGGAUGUCAAGAACCUUAUAAACAAAAUCGACCUCAAGUACUUCAAUGUUUUCAUACAUUAUGUGAAACAUGUGUAGAAAAAUUAUCAGAAAAUGAUGAUACAAGUAUUUGUUGUCCAUUAUGUGGUUUAACAACAAUACUUAGAGAUAUUUUACCUGAUUAUACAGUGCAAAAUAAUCAUUCAAAUGUGUCCAAUGAUUAUAUGUUACCAUUAGGUGAAAAUUCUGCACAAUGUUGUACAGCAUGUAAAAGUGCUGAAUCAAUGGCUGUAGCUAAAUGCUUCCAAUGUUCGAGCUUCCUCUGUCAUCAAUGUGUUUGUGCACAUCAAAUUAUGAAUUGUUUUGAAGGUCAUCGUGUUGUUCAUAUAAAAGAACUUGAUUCAAAUGGUAAUGAUCUUCGAUUAAUCUUUUGUUCGAAUCAUAAAAAUGAAACACUCAAAUAUUUUUGUGCAACAUGCAAUAUACCUAUUUGUAUCACAUGUACAACAACUGAUCAUCGACCUAGUGGCCAUGAAUUCGCUCCAUUAAAUGAUGCAGGAUCACAUCAAGUAGCAAAAUUACAAAAUAUGGUUGAAAAUACUCGACAACGUUUAAAUGAUUUAAGAAAUUCACAAAAAAUUGUCGAUCGAUCAUAUAGUGUAUUACAAACUCAAUAUAAUAAAGCACAACAUGAUAUUAAUGAAACAUACGCAUUUUAUCGACAAUUAAUCGAUGAUAGAAAACAUGAAUUAAUUAAAGAAUUAGAUAAUGCAUUUAAUGAAAAACAAACUAUUUUAACAAAUCAAAUGCAAAAAAUUGAUGAAGCUGUUGAACGUGCUAAUUUACCUUUAGAAUUUUCCGAUCGUCUAUUUAAAAAUUCAUCAACGACAGAAAUUUUAAUAUUUAAAAAACAACUUGAAAAUAAAUUAAAUACACUUGUACAAACAAUACCAGAUACUAAUGGACAAUCAUCAACAUUUGAACUUGAAUUUGUUUCUAAUUUUCAAGCAAUUCAAACAGGUGUAAGAAAUACAUUUGGUUAUGUACGGUCAUCACCUGAAACAGCAUCAUUGAAUAAUCCUUAUAAACCACGCCCACAAAAAUUAAACAACGAUAAUUUUAGUAAAGUUAUUGGUCCACCAUCAACAAAUAGUUCAUCAUCAAUAAAUGCUUGUCAUAAUCAUGUUCAUCAUCAACAACAAACAACAGUGAUAUCACUUAGUCCAACAAAAUCAAUUCAACAACAAACAAAUUCAAAUCAUCUUUUAAAUGGUAUUGAUAUGUUAUCAUGUAGUUUACCACCAUCAACAUUACCUAAAUAUUCAAAUUUAUCAUCAUCAACACCAACACCAAUGAGUUUUUCAUUAUCAUCAAAUUCUAUUGAUGUUAAUCCAUAUGAAUUAUGGUCAAAUGCAUCACAAAUACCAACACAAUCAACAUCUCAACAACAACUAUCAAGUUCAUUAACAUCAAGUAAUGGUGGUGGAAAUCUUAAUGGACAAGAUUCAUUAGUUGAUUUUGUUGAUACAUUUGAUGGUUAUUCAUCAAUACCUCAUCAUCUUUUAUUACCAUCACGUUCAAAUGGUUCAACAAUAAAACGACAUAAAAUGAUAUAUCAUCAAAAAUUUGGUGAAUUCGGUGUACUUGAAGGACAAUUUACUGAACCAUCAGGUGUUGCUGUUAAUGCUCAAGGUGAUAUUAUUGUUGCCGAUACAAAUAAUCAUCGCAUACAAAUUUUUGAUUCAAAUGGACGAUUUCGUUUUCAAUUUGGUGAAUGUGGAAAACGUGAUGGACAAUUAUUAUAUCCAAAUCGUGUUGCUGUAUUUCGUCAAUCAGGUGAUAUUGUUGUUACUGAACGUAGUCCAACACAUCAAAUCCAAAUUUAUAAUCAAUAUGGACAAUUUAUACGUAAAUUCGGUGCCAAUGUUUUACAACAUCCGCGUGGUGUUUGUGUUGAUAAUAUGGGUCAUAUUAUUGUUGUUGAAUGUAAAGUAAUGCGUGUAUUUAUUUUUGAUAUAAAUGGAAAUGUUUUAAAUAAAUUUACAUGUUCAAAAUAUUUGGAAUUUCCAAAUGGUGUUUGUUGUAAUGAUAAACAAGAAAUAUUUAUAUCAGACAAUCGUGCUCAUUGUAUUAAAGUAUUUUCUUAUGAUGGACAAUUUUUACGAACAAUUGGUUCCGAAGGUAUAACAAAUUAUCCAAUUGGUGUUGUACAAAACAGUCAAGGUGACGUACUUAUUGCUGACAAUCAUAAUAAUUUUAAUUUAACAAUCUUUACUCAAGAUGGACAAUUAAUUAAUGCACUUGAAUCAAAAGUAAAACAUGCCCAAUGUUUUGAUGUUGCAUUAACAGAUGAUGGAAGCGUUGUUUUAGCAAGUAAAGAUUAUCGUAUAUAUGUUUAUCGUUAUUUAAUGACACCAUCAUUAAUGGGAAAUGGAGCCGGAGGAGUUACAACAAAUAAUACAUCACCAUCAUCACCUGUAUCAUCAUCAUCAACAACACCGAAUAGUAGUCAAAUACUAGGCGGUGAAUGUACAUCACCAUCAUUGAUCAAUGGUCAUGGUGAGAGUCCAUUGACUAUAUCAUCAACACAAGCAGCAAGUAAUGGGUAUUAA